AUGGUGAAGGCCGGAUUUGCCGGAGACGAUGCGCCCCGUGCUGUGUUUCCCAGCAUUGUUGGUCGUCCUCGCCAUCAGGGUGUGAUGGUAGGGAUGGGACAGAAGGAUGCCUACGUUGGUGAUGAAGCCCAGUCUAAGCGUGGAAUCUUGACCCUGAAAUAUCCGAUCGAGCACGGUAUUGUGACGAACUGGGACGACAUGGAAAAGAUUUGGCACCACACCUUCUACAACGAGCUUCGUGUCGCUCCAGAGGAGCAUCCGGUGCUUUUGACUGAAGCUCCUCUGAAUCCUAAGGCGAAUCGCGAGAAGAUGACCCAGAUUAUGUUUGAGACUUUCAACGUGCCGGCAAUGUAUGUCGCCAUUCAGGCUGUGCUCUCCCUGUACGCCAGCGGUCGUACCACUGGUAUUGUUCUGGAUUCUGGUGAUGGCGUGUCGCACACUGUUCCCAUCUACGAGGGUUACGCUCUGCCUCACGCUAUCCUUCGUUUGGAUCUUGCUGGCCGUGAUUUGACCGAGUACCUGGUUACGAUCCUGACUGAGAGGGGUUACUCCUUCACCACGUCUGCCGAGCGGGAAAUUGUGAGGGAUAUCAAGGAGAAGCUCGCUUACGUUGCCAUUGAUUUCGAAGCGGAGAUGGCAACUGCACAGGGCUCAUCUUCUUUGGAGAAGAGUUACGAGCUUCCUGAUGGGCAGAUGAUCACUCUUGGUUCUGAGCGAUUUAGGUGCCCAGAAGUGCUUUUCAACCCGUCGCUGGUUGGCAAGGAAGCUUCGGGUAUCCAUGAGACGUGCUACAACUGCAUCAUGAAGUGUGACGUCGAUAUCAGGAAGGAUCUGUACGGCAACAUUGUGCUCAGCGGUGGUACUACCAUGUUCCCUGGAAUUGCUGAUCGCAUGACCAAGGAAGUCACUGCGCUUGCGCCCAGCACCAUGAAGAUCAAGGUGGUUGCUCCACCUGAGCGGAAGUACAGUGUCUGGAUUGGUGGAUCCAUUCUUGCGUCGCUGAGCACCUUCCAGCAGAUGUGGAUUGCCAAAAGCGAGUAUGAUGAGGCUGGCCCAUCCAUUGUUCACAGGAAGUGCUUCUA